CUUAAAAGCUGCCGCACCGGCUGGCCGCUUUGGGGCUGCUCGUCGCGCACGCAGCAGCCGCCAGGCACGCGAUAGGCCUUCGCGCACGAGGCCUCGCAACGACUCUGCGCUCGGGACCACUGCCCACGGACGGAGCGGCCCUGGGCAGCGUGUAGCAGCAGACACCCAUACGCAAGAUGCCGGCCGAGGCGAAGGAUGACGCCGCUCCGAAACGUAAAUCGGAGGGCAUCACCGUGUUUUUAAGGAUGCGCCCGACGAAGCACCCGUCGAAGUUUUAUGACGUGGGCGACAACGAGGGCAAGGGCCAAAGUCUGAGGUGGGACAUUCCCCCAGACGCGGUGACCAAGGACGGCGAGUACAUCAACAACACGAAGACGCAGUGGGCUUUUAAAUUUGAUCAGGUCUUGCCCAUGGACAUCUCGCAGGCGCAGGUGUUCGACCGCGUCGGGAAGCACGUCGUCCAGAACGCAUUGGAUGGCUACAACUCUACCGUGUUUGCGUAUGGCCAGACCGGUUCGGGCAAGACCUUCACGAUUACUGGUGGUUCCGAAAGAUAUGAGGAUAGAGGUAUAAUACCAAGAGCUCUCAGUAUGAUCUUCCAGGCCUUUCGGGAACGGUCGGAUUGUAGCUGGUCCGCCCAUGUGUCGUAUAUGGAAAUAUAUAAUGAGCAGGGCUUCGAUUUGUUAAAUGAAUCUUCCGGAGCGAAAGCAUUGCAAGAUUUGCCGCGGGUGCGCAUGAUGGAGGACGAGCACGGCAACUUCCAUCUGAGGUCCGCGACGCAGCGUGGAUAUUGAGCCUUACGCCAUCGACGCGACUCGUCUCCAGGAAUGAUGGCGGUGGGUGGUCCCGUUUUCGAUUUUGAGCUGUUUCGGACCGCGUCGGAGAGUACGCUGUCGCGUCGAUGGCGUCUUCGAGACCGUGUCCACGCAGGAACCUCUCCAUGCACCGCGCCACCAGUGAAGAGGAGGCCCUCAAUUUGUUAUUCUUGGGAGACACGAACCGGGCCAUCAGUGAAACCGCGAUGAACCAGGCGUCGUCCCGAAGCCAUUGUUUAUUUACCGUAUUUUUGGAAUGUCGGGGCGCGGGCGGCUCCGACAAGGUCCGCCGAUCGAAAUUACAUCUCGUGGACCUGGCGGGGUCCGAGCGCGUCCACAAGACGAAGAGCGACGGCAUCACGCUCAACGAGGCAAAGUACAUCAACACCUCAUUGUUUUAUCUCGAGAUGGUCAUUGUAGCUUUGAAUGAGAAGAACAAAAAAGCUCGGGACCACAUUCCUUAUAGAAACAGUAUGAUGACUUCCGUUCUCAGAGAUUCAUUAGGAGGCAACUGCAGAACAGUUAUGAUCGCGACGUGCUCCGCGGAGAAGCCCCAGACCGAGGAGUCGAUCUCUACGUGUCGCUUCGCGCAGCGGGUGGCCCUGGUGAAGAACGACGCUGUCCUUAAUGAAGAGACGGAUCCUUCCGUCACGAUAGCACGGUUGAAGAGCGAAGUUUCGACAUUACGAGCGGAGAUCGGCUACUUGAAGGGCGAAGCGGGCGAGGGCGACGAGCUGACCGAUGCGGAAAGAGCUGAGUUGCAUAGUGCGUGUGAGGUCUACGUGAAGUCGCGGGACCCGGACGAGACGUUGCGCGUCGCGCCCUUGACGUUAACGCGCAUCCGGGACUGCUUCGCGCUGCUCAAGAACAUGGUCCUCCAAGCUUUAGCUUCGCAAGGCACCGGCGGCUCGACGGACGAGCAGUUGAAAGCUACUCUGAAAGAACGCGACAACGAGAUCGCCAUUUUGGUGAACAUGGUCCGCCAGGCGCGCGGCGGCGGGACCGCGCCGACGCCCUCCAUCGCGAGCGAGGCGAAGGAGUUCUCGCCACCUUCGUCAGAGAAGAAAGCUGAACCUGUCCGACGGCUGGACCCGCGGGAGCAGUUAGCUGAAGACCGCGCGAGGAUGAAGCAUCGGUUGCCCGAUGAGGUGGCAGGUGUCUCCAUCUAUGUGGACGAUGCGGAGGUGCGAGACGAUCCGAAACGAGCUUGGUUGUAUUUCCGCGAGAAAUGUAGAAUAGCCCACGUCCUCGAGGACAACAAACGCGUCCUGAAAGAAAAAUACUGUGAGGCCAAAGCGUGUGGCGAGAAGGUCAACGCCACGCGGAAGGCCAUUGCGUAUUUGAAGCAAUCUAUAGAGGCUAUUCGUAGAGAAAGAGCAAUAGAGGGAGUGGUCAAUGAGGACGACCUCCAAAAGGCCGACCCGGAGGAGCAGCGGAAGAUCGACGCCAUCGCCCAGGAGAAGGAGGUCUACAAGCAGAACUUUGAAUCAUUGAGACGCUUAAAAACUGAGAUCGAGCAUGUGCAAAAAAUGUUGGAGUCAGGUCGGAAAAAAUUGCAGAAGGAGUACGACGAGUGGUACGCCCACGUUUUAAGGAGGGGGCACAACAAACAACCGACGAACGCGUGGGCGACGCCGCCGGCCUCGCCCGCGCAGUCCGCGGUGUCGCCCACGCAGUCGUCGCAGCCCAAAGAAGAGGACGACAACGAGGACGUCCGAGCAUUUUAUGCCGCGAAGGCGGAACUGGAGGCUCUUAGGGCGAAGCAAUAACGGGAUCUUGUUUAAUUAUUAAGGUUAGGCCUAGCGUCGACGGCGUCGGGCGCCGAAUAAAAUAGCGCUUCG